AUGGAGGACGAUGUGUACCGGAAGGGAUUUUACAUAUCUGUGAUUGCCCAGAUGGAUUCAAAGGAAAAAACUGCGAAGAAACAAUUCCCUCUAGAAAUACGCACCUAAUCGUGAGCAUCGUCCUUGGAGUUAUCUUAUGUGCGAGUGUGUUGGGCAAUGUCGGCAUGCUUGCAUGGCGUUUUAGACGAAUAUGGACUCCAGGACAUGCUUUAAAGAAAGGAGAAGUGAGAAGCAAAAUAUCUCAUGGACAAGAAAGGCCUCCCAAUGCUAGUCGCAAGGAAGACGAUGACCUUGAAGCUAAAGACAAUGCCAGUCAAUCACCCGGUGGCCAAGAUUAUAUCCGGCACAAAUGUGGUUCCACGGUGCCUGACUAUGAAGAUGGAGUAAAUCCUAAAAGCAGCCAAGAGCAACCUUCUGAAGGAGUUCCACUUUUAUCAGGUAUUAAGUCUUAUGCAUGUGUAAUAUACAUAUCAAGGUAUUGGAGGGGCUAUAUCAUGAAAGGAAAUAUUUUACCUCAUACUGAUUGAAAAUACAAGUUCGCGAUGGAACGG